UGGCGGCGGCCUGGUGGGCCUUCCGAGGCGCUGCUUGCGUGGCGCCCUCAGCGGCCAGGAUGAGGGGGCUGCCGGGGUCGCGCUCCGUCCGGGUGGCCCUCGCCGUGGCCGCCGCCGCCCUCCUCGUCCAGGUGCUGCGCAGCUGGGCCGCCGCCUCCAGCUCUGCCCGGCGCUUCGAGUUCGACCCGGAGGAGAUCGCCCGGCUCGGGAAGCACCACGCCGGUUUGGACCACGAGCAGGCGUUUUCCAAGAUCAUUGUGGAACUGCGGAAGAAGCACCCUGGACAUAUCCUGCCAGAUGAGGACUUGCAGUGGGUCUUUGUCAAUGCCGGGGGCUGGAUGGGCUCCAUGUGCCUGCUCCAUGCUUCCUUCUCGGAGUACGUCCUGCUCUUUGGCACAGCGGUUGACACUGGGGGACAUUCGGGACGUUAUUGGGCUGAUAUUUAUGACACAGUCAUCUCAGGGACCUUUCGGCAGUGGAAAGAGGGAACAACCAAAAGUGAGAUCUACUACCCGGGUGACACCAUUGUCCACCACUCUGGAGAGGCCACCUCGGUGCAGUGGAGUGCCGGCACAUGGAUGGUGGAGUACGGCCGCGGUUUCAUCCCCUCGACGCUCCCUUUUGCCCUGGCUGACACGGUUUUCAGCACUCAGGACUUUCUCACGCUCUUCUACACUGUGCGUGUUUACGUCAAGGGGCUGCUCUUGGAGGCCAACACCUACUUCAGCGACGGCAGCCAGUGAGCCCUUGCUCUUCCACUCCCUUCCAGGAAAGCCUCUUGUUCCCUUUCUCCUUGGCUGAGUCUUGUGGAAGAGGGCUUGGAGAGCUCAUGGCCUUGCCUGUGUCCACAUCCACACGAAGCUGAAGGCGUGGUAGAGAUAUCCCAGCAAAUGAAAGGGAGGGUUAAGGGAGCCGUGACAUAUAACCCUCGAUCUAUAUAUUUCUUAAUACCGGAAUGUCUUUCUCUCAUGUAUUUCUGUAAAUCAGGCAUGAGCAAACUUCGCCCCUCCUUCCAGAUGUUUUGGACUUCAACUCCCACAAUUCCUAAUUGUGGGAGUUGAAGUCCAAAACACCUGUAGGGCCAAAGUGAAUAGAUGUCUGCUGUAAAUAGAUGUCUGCUGUCUUUGCCAUGCUCUGCGAAGUGAUUAUUGGGUACUUUGUGGAAUGAGCAUGACCGAGCAUUCAGGGUAUCUUGGGGCUACACAAAGGAGAAAGAGCAAAAGAAUCAUUCUCUUAACAUGUUUACGUGGUCUUGAUAUGACGGAGCCUCCAAAGAUGCAACCCACCAGGCUCUGGUGAUGCUUAGCUUUUGCAUUUCCAGGUGGGCAGGUGCUUGAUCUCCCCCCACCCCACUGAAAUGCAUCGAGGUUGAGCGACAGCCGCAGAGCAUGGGAAAUCUAGUCCUUAAAUUAUAUAUUUGCACUACUGUGUCACACAGACAAAUAGAGACUUCCUGCUAAAUUCACUCUAAUUUCUGCCCCUCAUUGGAUCCCAAAUCAGUUUUUUUAUGGUUGUCUAAAUAUUUCUUGCUCAAUAUAUAAAUUUGAUAAUCAAAUUCAACAGCACCCUGUGAAGGGGAGACAUCUCUUUCAGUUAUUUAUUUUGUGUUGACUUCUGUUGGGUGUACGUUCUGCAGGAAUGGCUUAAGUUGUGUUUCUCUGGAAAAUCAUCCUGUUCUGUUUGUGGAUAGUCAACAAGCCCACCUUCUUCAUUUGGGUCAAUGUAUGUUGAUGGAUUGCAGAGAGUCAACUUGAAAAGCGAGUUUGAUCCCUUUGACAUGCUGCCCUGGCCCCUCACUGGACGGAUCUAUGUGGCUGAAGCUAAUCCGGUGUGGCGCGAUGAGUUCCCAGUUUGCAUUGCUAACUUGGUUUACCUUGUACAUUCUAGUCAUUAGUUAGAAAUGCAAACCUAAGGCGUCCGUGAUUGGAACUGAUUUUUCUUCUGUCCCCUCCCCCAAUGGGUCUCCCCUUUUUCAGAAGACCCCAUCCAUAUUGAGGGCCACCAUCCAUUGCCUUAACUUAGAGCCUUAUUCUGGUGGCCUCUUUAGCUAUGCACGCAUGCACUUCUACCAUAUAUGUGGAUAUGUAUAUAUACCUCCUAACGUUGAUGUCUCUGUCAAGUAUUCAGGUGGCAAUUGUUCCCAAGGAUGCCUUUUCAGUGAGCCCUUUGAUUAGAGUAACAGAUGAACAGUUGGUCUAGAACAGGGGUCCACAAACUUUUUAACCAGAGGGCCAGAACGCAGUUUGUUCAGCACCUUCCAAGUCGGUCAGCCUUUGGCAUGUGAGGGGAGUUCUCAUCCAGUCUCAGCCACUGAUUGAGGUUCUGGGUUUUAGCCUGCCACUUUUGGACUCUUGCUUGCUGAGGUGAUCCUGUUAGUAUCUCUGUAGAACAGGGAUCCUCAAACUUUUUAAACAGAGGGCCUGGUCACAGUCCCUCAAACUGUUGGAGGGCCGGAUUAUAAUUUGAAAAAAAAAUUGAAUGAAUUCCUAUGCACACUGCACAUAUCUUAUUUGUAGCGCAAAAAUCACUUUAAAACAAUACAAUAAUUAAAAAGAAGAAGAAUUUUAACAAAUAUAAACGUAUUAGUAUUUCAAUGGGAAGUGUGGGCCUGCUUUUGGCUGAUGAGGUAGGAUUGUUGUUGUUGUGUACUUUCAAGUCUUUUCAGACUUAGGUUGACCCUGAGCGAGGGCCAGGUAAAUGACCUUGGAGGGCCAUAUCCAGCCCCCAGGCCUUAGUUUGAGGACUCCUGGUCUCGAAUGUGUUCCUUUUCAUUCUACGGUUCUUGAUACAGACUCCUGUUGGGAAUCAAGAGCUGUUAGGCUCAAAAAUAACCCUCUCUGGGGGUGAUUCCACCAAAAAUAUAGCAGAGUGCACAGUAAAUAAGCAGCAGAAACUACAUGUAGUGAGCAAGAAUUGACUUCCUUUCAACAGGAUGGAACAGGAUUGCAGAUCCACAACUCAUAGGAUCAAAAAUAAUUUGUUUAUUGAAGAUAAAAUAAAUCCAUUCUAGAUAGGAAAGGUUCUUGGAGCUGACUAGCUUCACUGAGCUAUCUUCUAAGGAAAAAGGAAUAAUAAUAAUAAUGAGUUGUUGUAGGUUUUCUGGGCUAUGUGGCCAUGUUCUAGAGGCAUUUUCUCCUGAUGCAAAACAACAGAGAGUAAACAAUCAGGCACAUCAAAUCACUCUCAACUGCAAGUUGCUUCUUGUGUGAGAGAAUUGGCUGUCUGCAAGGACGUUGCCCAGGGGACGCCAGGAUGAUUUGAUGUUUUUAUCAUCCUUGUGGGAGGCUUCUCUCAUGUCCCCGCUUGGGGAGCUGGAGCUGACAGAGGGAGCUCAUCCGCCUCUCCCAGGAUUCGAACCUGCAACCUGUCAGUCUUCAGUCCUGCCGGCACAGGGGUUUAACCCUCUGCGCCACCAGGGGCUGCAGUUUCUCAAGUUGCUCCUGACACGACAAAAAAAAAUCACUCUCAACAAAAGAUUCCCCCCAGGCACUUCCAAACCAUUAAAUGCUAAUCAAGGUGGUCAGUUGAAACAUUCACACCUAGCUGCAGC